AUGCGUUGCGCGGCUCUUGUUCUGGGGCUUGCGGGCUUGGCGGACGUGGCUGUUGCGGGAUUGUAUCCGGGUAUUACGCCUGAUAACCACACCUGCGCGAUUGUUGAACCGGUGCUGUCUUGCUCGUGCAAGGCGAACCCUGAAAAGGUCAAGGAUACGUGCUGCGUUGAGACGUUUGGCGGUCUGUUGGUCGCCACUCAACUAUGGAGCACAUUCACUGGCCUCGAGGACAAGGGACAGAUCUAUCCCAAGAAUUCGUGGACCAUCCAUGGCCUAUGGCCUGACUUCUGCAACGGCUCAUACACCCAAUACUGCGACCUAACCCGCCAAUAUGACCCCAAGCCCUCCCCCAACACCACCAACAGCAAACCAGACGGCACGCCCGUGCCCCCCUACAAAGGCGAGUCCAUCGACAAGUGGUUCGAGCCCUACGGCAAGCUAGAUCUCCUCGCCUACAUGGCCAAGUACUGGGUCAGCCAAUUCGACCCCAACUGGGUAUUCUGGGCGCACGAGUUCUCCAAGCACGCCACCUGCUACUCUACCUUUCAGAAAGAGUGCUACGGCCCCAAGGCCGCCGAGCACGAUGACCUGUUCGACUUCUUCGAGACAGUUAUUACCUGGCAGCAGCGGCUCCCCUCGUUCCGGUGGCUCAGCAACGCGGGCAUACACCCGUCCAACUCGACUGGCUACACGCUGAGUGAUAUUCAGCACGCUCUGACCAAGGAGUUUGGUAAGCCGCCGUUUAUUGGCUGCGGCGGGCCCAAGUAUAAUGAGACGGCUGCGGGUAAGGGGUCGUUGGACAAUGGGCGCACUGAAAUCAAUGAGCUGUGGUAUUACUACCAUGUUAAUGGGACGCCGCAGCGAGGGGAGGCUAAGAAGUUGGAUGCUGGGAAGGCGGGUGGUCGGUUGACGACCUGUGCGCAGGCAAAGGGCGCUAUUAAGUACUAUGAGCGUGCUAAGGGUAGUGAGAAGUAA